AUGUCUUAUGAGAAUCUUAUUGGUUGUGGUAUGGCCAAUGGUGUUGCUGUACAGGAGAGAUCCUUUCCUCCACCUCCUCCACCAAAUAGAAGAACCUCUUCAUGUACCUUCUACUCCUUUCUUUUCUCACUCCUACUACCCAUUACCGCCUCCAUACUCCUCUACCACCUAGACUCAUUCGACCCGGCUCCGUAUCCACUCCCGGAUCACACUCAGCCUCCACUCAAAGCCUUGACUAAAAACGACCGGAUUCUACACGGAUCCGACCGGGUAGGUGUGGGGCGCCUUCAAGCACCGGAAGAUUUAGCUUACGAUGCCAAGUUGGGAGUGAUAUACACCGGCUGCGGAGACGGGUGGAUCAAGCGAGUGAGGUUUAAUGAAUCGGUAUCUGACUCGGUCAUCGAUGAUUUGGUCAACACCGGUGGACGACCACUAGGAAUUGCUAUUGGACACUACCAUGAACUAAUCGUCGCCGAUACUUACAAGGGGCUGUUGAAUAUAACUAGUAGUGAUGGUUCUGUGCAAGUGCUAACUCAAGAGGCAGAGGGUGUAAAGUUCAAGCUUACUGAUGGCGUUGGUGUAGCAAACGAUGGCAUGAUAUACUUCACUGAUGCUUCCUACAAAUAUAAUUUUCAUGAGUUCAUAUGGGAUAUCUUAGAGGGCAAACCCCAUGGACGACUAAUGAGCUAUGAUCCUGCAACCAAGGAGACCAAGGUCUUACUUAAAGACCUUUAUUUUGCUAAUGGAAUUGCUGUCUCACCUGAUCAGACAUUUGUCGUAUACUGCGAAACUCCCUUGAGAAGAUGCAGUAAAUACUACAUUCACGGUGAGAAGAAAGGAUCUGUUGAUGACUUUAGUCCUAAUCUGCCUGGUUACCCUGAUAACAUCCAUUUCGAUGGUCAAGGUCGCGCUUGGAUUGCAUUUUCCACGGAAAAAACAUUACUUUGGGAUCUAACAAUCAGAUAUCCCGUCAUCAGAAAAGUUACAGGAAUUGUGGAGAAGUACGUGGGGACACCAUUCAUAGGGAAAAAUGGUGGUGUUCUGGUUGUUGAUUCUGAAGGUAAACCUUGUGAACACUACUACGACCCUGGAUUAACAUUGAUCUCAAGUGGAAUCAAAAUUGGAGAUCAUCUUUAUUGCGGUUCUAUCAAUAACCCUUACAUUGUUCGCCUCGAUCUUUCUAAAUACCCUGCUCUUCCAGCAUAUGAACAAUGAUCGCUCGUGUGGUUGCAUAAGGCCCUUCGUUUCAGGAAGUUAUCUCUUGUUCUUCAAUGUAAGGAAAAAAAAAACAUGUAUCAAUAAGAACUAAUACUAUGAGAAUUUGUAAUAUGUUGAUGAAACAUCUUUGGUUUCUGGAAAUACAUGGUUUGUAAACUUUUAACACUCAA